UAAAAAUCAAAUCACUUUCACAGUCGCCUCACUCGUCUCUCAUCUAAGCUUAAGCUUACCUUUACCUACUUCAGCCGCUCUUCCCUCUCUCUCUCUCUCUCAAACUUCCCUGAAACUUCAACCCGCAAAAACGCCAUUCUUUUUUUUCUUCUCACUCCGCCAAACGGUGUCGUUUAACCGUCAGGGCCUGUUGUUUAGCUAAAAGCCUCUCUACUGGGUUUCCGUUUAUCUGAAUACAUUGUCCCCAUGCAUUUGUUUUGAGAGAAUGGGUUGCGUCUUAGGAAAGCAAUUGCAAUCGUCUUCAUCGGAUCGCCGGCGGCGGAGAAACAGCGAAGCUCCACCAAAUCAUUCGCGUGCUCGUCGUCGCCGGAGCUCUGACGAGUCAUCAUCAGUUGUUUCAGUCAUCGAUGCUGUUGACGGAGCCAUGGAUGUCAAAGGACUGGAGGGGAGAAGACAACAGCAGCGAAAAGCUAGACAUACCAGUGAUUUCCCGGUGAGCGUUCCGGCGCCGGAGACAUGGCGGAUGACACUGGACUUGAACCAGAAAGGGUGGCCUUCGUGGUUGAUGGCCGUCGCUGGUGAAGCCAUCCGUGACUGGACCCCGAGACGUGCCAACACCUUUCAAAAGCUUGACAAGAUUGGGCAAGGGACUUAUAGCAAUGUGUACAAAGCCAGGGAUCUACUAACAGGGAAAAUAGUGGCAUUAAAGAAGGUUAGGUUUGACAAUUUAGAGCCAGAAAGUCUAAAGUUCAUGGCUAGAGAGAUUCUUGUUUUAAGAAAGCUUGACCAUCCCAAUGUAAUCAAGCUUGAAGGUUUAGUUACUUCAAGAAUGUCUUCUAGUCUUUACUUGGUUUUUGAAUACAUGGAGCAUGAUCUUGCUGGCUUAGCUGCCUGCCAAGGAAUCAAGUUCACUGAGCCUCAGGUGAAAUGCUAUAUGAAGCAGUUACUAUCAGGGUUAGAGCAUUGCCACAAACAAGGUGUUUUGCAUCGUGAUAUCAAGGGUUCUAAUCUGCUUAUUGACAGUGAAGGCAUUUUAAAAAUUGCGGAUUUUGGGUUGGCUACUUCUUAUGACCCUGAGCAGAAGAAACCCCUGACUAGUCGAGUAGUCACUCUCUGGUACCGUCCACCUGAACUACUUCUUGGGGCAACUCAUUAUGGUGUUGCAGUUGACCUCUGGAGUGCUGGCUGCAUUCUGGCAGAACUGCUUUCAGGGAAGCCUAUAAUGCCAGGAAGGACAGAGGUUGAGCAACUGCAUAAGAUAUUCAAGUUAUGUGGAUCCCCUUCUGAGGAAUAUUGGAAGAAAUCCAAAUUGCCAAAUGAAACACUCUUUAAGCCGCAGCAGCCAUACAAACGCUGUAUAGCAGAAACCUUCAAGGAUUUUCCAUCUUCUUCUUUACCUUUAAUUGAAACUCUGCUUUCGAUAGACCCUGAAGAGCGGAAUACUGCUACUGCAGCUCUUAAUAGUGAAUUCUUUAUGACUGAACCAUAUGCUUGUAAUCCAUCAAGUUUACCAAAAUAUCCUCCCAGUAAAGAAAUUGAUGUAAAAUUGAGAGACGAAGAAGCAAGACGACAAAGAAAUAUAGCUGGCAAAGUUAAUGCAGUUGAUGGUACCAGGAGAAGUAAGGGUCACGAACGCCCUACUCGAGCAGUUCCAGCCCCUGAAGCAAAUGCAGAGAUUCAAGCAAACUUAGAUAAAUGGAGAGUGUUGACUCAAACAAAUGCUAAGUGCAAGAGUGAGAAAUUCCCGCCUCCUCAUCAAGAUGGAGCUGUUGGGCAUCCAGUUGAUGCAUCAAACAAAGGGCCUGUAUCUUUUGGUGCAAGUGACUCUUCUUUCAACUCAUCGAUUUUCAACUCUAAAUCAUCCGGAUCCUCCAAAUGUUCCAGACAGGCAGGUGGUCCUUCAAGAAGGAAAACAAAUAGAGACCCCGAAGUGCUGUCACAAAAUUUCAUCCGCGGUUUCAAACCAUCCUCAAUAGGUAUAUCCAUGGAUAUGCUAUUUAGAGGUAAAUCUGAGGUUUUCUGGAGCCAAACUUGAUUUUAGUAUUACAAGUUUAUAUUCUUUUUUUCCUUUUCCAGGAGGCAUUCAUUCUCUCCCUGAAACUUAAUAUGCAAUUUUCCUAUAUAUUUUCCCACAUUUGUCUGUAUCUGAUCAUAUAGGUCUGUGUAUAAUCCACCCCACAAUCCGAUUUGGUGUAUAAAUCUGCCAAUGCAAUUCCACUUUUUGUUGUACAGUUUUAUUAAAUGAAAGUGCUGGUCCUAAGCUCUUCUGAUUGAAA